AGCGACUCUCUCAGUCUUAUUGGUCACUUCGCAUGUCAUUAUCAUAGUCGGUUUUUGGUGUGGAAAUCAUGUUAACGCUGUUACAACUGUAACUCUGUUGAACUAUAUGUUUGGCGGCGACAUUGGAAAAGGAAACCAUUUAUACAUUCGUCGCAACACCCCAACAACAGAAACUUCAGAAUGAGCGUGGGGUUCAUCGGAGCGGGUCAGUUGGCCCAUGCCUUGGUGAAGGGAUUCAGCGCUGCAGGUGUCAUUGCCACACAGAGGAUCACUGCCAGCUCCCCAGACACAGAUCUUCCCACAGUGUCUGGACUGCGGAAAAUGGGUGUCAAUCUCACGACCAGCAACAAGGAGGUGGUGAACAAGAGUGACGUUCUGUUUCUGGCUGUCAAACCACACAUCAUCCCCUUCGUGUUGGAUGAGAUCGGACCGGACAUUGAGGACCGCCACCUCAUUGUGUCCUGUGCAGCUGGUGUCACCAUCAGCUCCAUUGAGAAGAAGCUGCUCCAGUACCGCCCGUUCCCCAAGGUGAUGCGAUGCAUGACCAACACCCCGGUGGUGGUUCGGGAGGGAGCCACGGUCUACGCCACGGGUACCCACGCCGAGCUAGAGGACGGGAGGCUGCUGGAGCAGCUGAUGGCCAGUGUGGGCUACUGCACGGAGGUGGAGGAGGACCUGAUCGAUGCCGUCACCGGACUCAGUGGCAGUGGACCUGCCUAUGCAUUUACAGCUGUGGAAGCGCUUGCUGACGGGGGGGUGAAAAUGGGUCUGCCCAGGAGACUGGCUAUACGGCUUGGAGCACAGGCCCUGCUGGGAGCAGCCAAAAUGCUGUUGGACUCGGAGCAGCACCCUGGCCAGCUGAAGGACAACGUUUGCUCCCCAGGGGGCGCCACCAUUCACGCCCUGCACGUCAUGGAGAGUGGGGGCUUCCGCGCCCUGCUCAUCAACGCUGUGGAGGCCUCCUGCAUUAGGACCAGGGAGCUCCAGUUCUUGGCUGACCAGGAGAAGAUCUCUCCUGCGGCCAUCAAGAAGACUACGCUGGACAAGGUUCUGCAGCAGCCAGGGGUGGGAACAGGGGUGGGCGUCCGGACGGGAUCUGGGAUCAGCCUGUUCAACAGCAGCAACCCCAGGCAUAAGAAGUAAUUGAACUGAGUGGCUCUGAUCACAGAACAGGGGUGAAUUCAUUAGUGCAUUGCAGACCAUAUCAAAACAUUUUGCAACAAAAACAAGUUUCUUAGCGGACAAGUUCAGGUAGUUCCUCCCUGUUUCGGUCUUUUUGCUUCCUAGUGAUACGCCCCAGGUAGAGACCCUCAAAAGAAUGAAAUGCUGCUGAACAUAUUAUUUCAACCCUAAAACAUUUGUUAUGGUUAUAACAUGCCAGCUGAGAGGAGGGGCAUAAAUGACAUCUUCAUAAAUGUGAGGAUAAACUUAAAGCAGCAAUAGAGGAUGUAGGGUGAAGGGACACUCCUCCUGCUCUCCUUCCAUGUUCACUGACUAGAAACAUCUGGACAGGUAAAAGCAAGUUCCUAAUAGAUAUUAUGGCUUCCACCUGUCCAGUGUUGUCAUACCAGUGCAGAUGAAGGAGAAAAGCGGAAGGAGGUGACUGGGGGAAGAAGACUAACAUAGACAGUUAAGAUGGACCAACAUGGUGAUGAGCAACAGGUCACAAUUCCUUUACAUUUUAGCCAUUUAGCAGAUGCUCUUAUCCAGAGCAACUUACAGGUGCAAUUAUGGUCAAGUACCUUGCUCAAGGGCACGUGAACAGAUUUUUCACCUAGUCGGCUCUGGACUCGAACCAGGUAUCUAUCGUUUACUGUUGGAACGUACUUAACCUCUAGGUUACCUGCCGCCCACUCCCUUUCAGUAGAAACACAGAGACAGAUGUGGAGUUGGAUGUCUUAUGUGCUUAGCUAUCUAUAGCUUCUGUUUCAUAGACUGUGUGCCUAUAUGUUCCGUUAGACAGAUUGUUAGGUCAUACAUUAUGUACAGUGUUACUGGAACUAUUUUGGUCUGUUGCUAAACAGCAAAGGUCCCUGUUUUCUAUUGUUGUUUAUCUCUUCAUUUUCUGGCUAUUUUCUUUGCUUGAUUGCGAGAUGAUAUUACAGCUUUAGUAUGUUAAUCAUUUUAGCCUGACUGAGGGUGUUGUAGAAGGAGCAACACUGUUUAGACACCACAACAAAAUGGGAAAUCUAUUUAACUUUUCUUUAUCCAGAUUUGUCUUGUUGAUGUAUAUCUUCUUUAUAAUAGACUUGUUCAGGAUGGUAGGAGUCAUUAAUGUUACACACACAUAGAUAUCUAUCUACACUGAACAAAAAUAUAAACGGAACAUGCAACAAUGUCAACGAUUUUAGCGUUACAGUUCAUAUGAGGAAAUCAUUCAAUUAAAAUCGAUUUAUUAGGCCCUAAUCUAUGGAUUUUAAAUGACUGAGAAUACAGAUAUGCAUCUGUUUGACAAAGAUGCCUGAAUAAAAAUGGGCCUUAAUAAAAAUGGGCCUUAAUAAAAAAAAAUGGGCCUUAAUAAAAAUGGGCCUCAGGAUCUCAUGGUAUUUUUGUUUGUUCAAAUUGCCAUCGAUAAAAUGCAAAUGUCUUUGUUGUUCGUAGUUUAUGCCUACCCAUACCAUAACCAGGGUCGCCACCAUGGGGCACUGUUCACAAUGAUGACAUCAGCAAGCCACUCGCCCACAUGACGCCAUACACAUGGUCUGCAGUUGUGAGGCAGGUUGGAUGUACUGCCAAAUUCUCUAAAACGACAGUAGAGAAAUGAACAUUAAAUUCUCUGGCAACAGCUCUGGUGCAGAUUCCUGCAGUCAGCAUACCAAUUUGCAGCUCUCUCAAACUUAACCUCUGGCAUUGUGUUAUGUGACAACUACAUGGCCUUUUGUCCCCAGCACAAGGUACACCUGUAUAAGGAUCAUGCUGUUUAAUCAGCUUCUUGAUAUGUCACACCUGUCAGGUGGAGGGAUUAUCUUGGCAAAGGAGAAAUGCUCACUAACAGUGAUGUAAACAAAUUUUUGCACAACGUUUGAGAGAAAUAAGCAUUUGUGCAUAUGGAGCAUUUCUGUGAUUUUUUUUUUCAGUUCAUGGAACACUUUACAUGCUGCUUUUAUAUUUCUGUUCAGUGUAGAUGAAUCUCCUUUGCAAGAUAGACUUGCUACACACAACACAUGUGAGAGACUUGUUCAAGAUGGUAGCAAUCAUUGUUACACAUACACAGUAGGUAGACUACAGUAUUUUACAUAAGACAUUUUACGUUCAGCCCUUUUACAUAUUUGACUGGCAUAUCACUGUUUACAAGGUGGAAGUGGUACUAUUAGGCCAAUACAAAGUGAAAUACAUGAAUAUGCUGAAUGUGUAAGAGUUUAUAUAUUUUGUUCACAAAAUAUGUAAAGUCUAGCUAGAUCUGUUUUAUUAAACAUUAUUUCCAAAACUUUCAUGAUUAAUUAAAUUAUUUAAACUAUU